AGCGUUUUCAAAAUAUUUUUGCGUAAAUUUAGUCAUCGAUCGAAGUUUGAUCUUGGAGACUUGAGUAAUGAUUUUAAAGCCGUUCUACCUUGGGUUUCACAAGAUUCGGUUAAUGUAGUGACCACCUCUUUUCUUGAAGUGCAAGAAAAGAUUUUUGAUUCUUACAAAUCUUCAGUGGAUGGAUAUUUCAGGUUUCUACAAUUUGCAAAUUGUAGAAAGGAUGAGAACAAAAAUUCUGGAGAGCGUGUGCACCACAAAUAUAUUGAAGAAUCCGAUAAAACUACGGCAUGUCUUAGAUUAUUGAGGUUACUGGUUAAACAUGGAUCACAGAUAGACGCCUCAUUUAUGUCAGGAUUUGAUGGCACUGACGUCCGGUCUUGGGAAAACAUCAUCCCUCAACUUUUCUCGCGAUUAGACCAUCCGGAUCCUUUCGUCCAACAUCAACUUUGUAAACUCUUGUGUGCCAUUGCUUCUAACUCACCUCAGCUUGUCGUGUAUCACGCCGUUGUGUCCUCAAAUUCUCGUGGAACUAGUGAACAAAAUAAGCAACUGCUUCAAAAAAUUGCAGAAAGUCUGGAUAACACCAAUGGUGCAUUGAUCGCCGAAAUUCGGCGUGUCAUCAGAGAGCUACAGCACAUAACCGUGCUAUUUGAGGAACUUUGGCUUAAUAAGAUCGGUGGACUACAACUCGACAUAAACAAACGAUUUCAUAAAGUUGAAUGCGAAUUUGAAAGGAUCAAUGACAAUCUCAGUCUUUCAUCGGAUCAAAGAAUUCGAAUUAUGAAGGAGAGCUACGACGCCAUCAUGAGGCCCGUCAUUUCUUCUAUUGAACGUUUAUAUAACAAUACUAUUUCUGUCGCAUCAACCCCACAUGAAAA